GACUACGCCAGUAACAGUCCGAGACACGGCACACGCACCCAAGCCUUUUCUCGCGUCGCCCCUUUCACUAGGUAUACUAUACACGUCCUCCCCGGAUCCUCCCCACGAAGACGAAAAGCUCCUCACCAACAUCACCAACACAACAAUGUCCGCCUCUUCACCCGCAGUAUGGAAGUCAAUUCCCGUACCACUGAGCGAACUAUGCAUCUCGACUGUCCUGCGCUGUGGGCAGUCAUUCAGAUGGCGACAAUCGGGCGAUGAAUGGACCUGCGCGCUCCGGGGGCGAAUCCUGACGCUGCGGCAAGACGCGACGCACCUUCACUACCGGAGCAUCUUCCCCGCAUCCUCCUCCGCCUCCUCCUCCUUCUCCUCCUCUUCCGAUGACGACGACACAGCCGAGCUCCUGCACGACUACUUCAACCUCUCGCACUCUCUCUCUACACUGUACACGCAGUGGUCUCGCUCCGACCCAAACUUCCUAUCAAAAUCCGCGCGCCUCUCGGGCGUGCGCAUGCUGCGACAGGACCCGUGGGAAACCGUGGUAUCGUUCAUCUGCAGCAGCAACAACAACAUCGCGCGGAUCAGUGGUAUGGUAUGGAGCCUGUGCGGUGCGUGGGGGGAGGCGCUGGGGGAGGCGGGCGGCGUCGUGUAUCACGACUUCCCCCCGCCUGGCAAGCUCACCGGUGACGGUGUGGAAAAAAUGCUGAGGGAGCUGGGGUUCGGGUAUAGGGCGAGGUAUAUCGCCGCUACUGCGAAGAUUGUGGAUGAGCGCGGGGUGGGGUGGCUCGAAGGGCUGAGGAGGGAGGGGUAUAGGGACGCCCAUGAGGCCCUGUUGGAGCUGCCUGGCGUGGGACCUAAGGUUGCGGAUUGCGUGUGUCUCAUGAGUCUGGAUAAGGCGGAGGCGGUGCCGGUGGACACCCACGUCCUGCAGAUCGCGCAGAAAGACUACGGCUUCGGCAAGACGAAGAACAAGUCGCUGACCAAAGCGGUCUACGACGAGAUUGGAGAUCAUUUUCGGAAGCUGUGGGGGAAGGAGGCCGGGUGGGCGCAUUCGGUGCUGUUCACCGCCGAUUUGAGCGCGUUUAAGGAGACGAAGGUCAAGGUCAAGAAGGAAACUAAGGUCAAGAAGGAAACUAAGGUCAAGAAGAUCACGAAGCGGCAAGCAGCGGCUCUAAAAAAGGAGGCGCUUGAGAAAGCGUACUCGGUUUGUAUCAAGAAGGAGGAAGAGCAGAGUCGGGGGUUGAAGAGGGUAAAGGCCGAGGUAUCUCCGGAGGAGGAGGAGGAGGAGGAGGAGGAGGAGGAGGAAACUGUCACCAAGAAAAAGGUCAAGGUAGAGGUCAAGCUGGAGGAGGCAGUGGAAGGUGCAGAGCUGUUUUCGCUGGCGGAAAGGGUCAAAACGAGGACUAGAAGUCGGCCGUUGCCGGCGGGGAGAAGGGGGAUUUAGAUACCUAGGAUCAUCUGCGAUUUACUACCUAUACACACAUAACGGUCCCGGUUUGCGAGGGAGUGGGAGAGUGAAACAAUGUGGGGACUAGGCACUGAGGUAAGAAGGCGAACCAGUCUCUGGCUUUCUAUUUCCUC